CACCACAGAUGUCAAGUUCAUGUGUAUAAAUACUAGAUUUCUUUCGAUUCCUGCACUUGGGUUUUAUUUCACCGGAGACUAAUCUCAACAGCAGUUUGGUUCACAGAAAACCUUGGAAUGAAGCUUCUGAUAUUGACGAUGACUUUGACAUUGUCGAGUGCUGCCAGCUUCUCAGUUGAAGAAAUGGAAUGGCUUGCCUGGAAAGAAAAGUUUGGUAAAACCUACUCUUCAGCUGAAGAGGUAGACCAUCGUAAAGACAUCUGGCUGAAAAACUGGAAGGUGGUUAUGCUGCACAACAUGAAGGCAGACCAGGGCUUGUCCACCUACCGAAUGGCAAUGAAUGCCUAUUCUGAUCUGGAUGAAGAAGAAUAUAAAAAAUUGGUACUUGGUAAAUGCCUGAAAACUGUUAAUGGCACAAAAUCCACUGGCUUUGGCUCUCUAACCUACAAGAAUGUUAGUCUGCCUGAUACGGUCGACUGGAGAACGAAAGGCUACGUGACACCUGUCAAGGACCAGAAGAUGUGUGGUUCCUGCUGGGCGUUCAGUGCGACGGGGGCUUUGGAAGGACAGCACUUCAGAAAGACCGGACAGUUACUUUCUCUGAGUGAGCAGCAACUGGUGGAUUGUUCCUCUGAAUAUGGAAAUUCUGGCUGUAACGGAGGGCUUAUGAAUCCUGCAUUUCAAUACAUAAUAGACAACGGUGGAAUCGACAGUGAGUGGUCAUACCCCUAUCAGGCAGAGGAUGGACCUUGCAGAUACAAUCCAAGAACUGUUGGUGCUACUUGCAAUGGAUUUGUUAAUGUCAUAAGUGGAAGUGAGCUGUCACUGAAGUAUGCCGUGGCUAUGAAUGGACCAGUGUCUGUUGCUAUUGAUGCGAGCUACCCGUCAUUCAGGUUCUAUUCCUCAGGAAUCUACGAUGAGGAAAUGUGCAGCAAUUAUUUGCUCGACCAUGCUGUUCUUGCUGUCGGAUAUGGGACAUUAGAAGGAACAGAUUACUGGCUGGUUAAGAACAGCUGGGGCACAUAUUGGGGUGAUGCCGGAUACAUCUAUAUGUCAAGGAACAAGAAUAACCAGUGUGGAAUCGCGACAGCUGCCAGCUUCCCCACAGUAUAUUGAAAUUCUGAACAACUCGAAGCAAUUGCCCCUGAAAUCUUCUAAAGAAGUCACAUAUCUUUGGUGUACUAUUAAAACAAUUUAUAACACAAUUUAUGAAUAAAUUUUGCAAGUUUAAUUUAUUGCACUCUUUUAUGCUGGAUUGUGAUAUGUGAUUGUGAUCCUGACCAACUGAAUCUGGGACUAUAUGUUUUUUUGCUGGAAUGUAUUUCUUUGUUGACAUAUGAUUGAAUUUUCUGUGAUGUUUAAGAUGCUCCUCACAAUCUGAUAUUUUCUGUGUGGGCAUUUGGAAAUUGCUUGUCCAGACAAGAGAAAAUCUGCAGACGCUGGAAAUCC